AUGAAGCUCUUUGUAGCCUUACUCGUGUGUGCUUUGGCAAUCUCGAGCAGCUUUGCAUUUGAUCCUAAAUUGCCAUCUUUUUAUACAGUAUUUAUAAAUGGAAAAUUAUGCAAGAAUCCAAACCUUACAGUCGCCGAUGAUUUCCUCUUCCGGGAAAUCAACAUUCCCCUUGAUACCAACAACAACGCCGGGUCCAUUGUGACUAUGGUUGCUAUUGACCAGCUCCCGGGUCUUAACACUCUAGGGAUCUCUUUGGCCCGCAUCGACUAUGCCCCUUACGGCCUGAACCCUCGUGCAACUGAGGUCAUCAUGUGCGUCCAGGGCGAGCUCCAGGUUGGGUUCGUCUUGUCAAACCAGCUUGGAAACAGGCUCGUCACCCAAAUCUUGAAGUCUGAAGACGUGUUUGUCUUCCCAUUCGCGAUGAUUCACUUCCAACUCAACAUAGGGAAGACCGCCGCAGUCGCAAUCUCAAGCUUGAGCAGUCAGAACCCCGGUGUCAUAACAAUUGCUAAUGCUGAGUUCGAAUCUAAGCCACCGAUUAACUCGAAGGUCUUGACCAAGGCUUUCCAGGUGGACAAGAAAAUUAUAGAUUAUCUCCAAUCCCAGUUUUGGUACAACAACCACAGUUAAAACCAAAGGAGGGAGUGAAAGAGGAUAGAUUAUAUCCAUCAAAUAAAAUCGAGGCGUCGGAGCUUGUUUCCUUUGCUGAUGGUUAAAAUAUAUUCGACAUGUGUUCGUGUGAGGUGGAAACGUUCGA